UUAAUAGUUAACGCCGUUUCGGCUAUUCUAGAAUGUCCUUCUUUCCAAUGUACACACACUACGCCGCUUGAAGUAGCCUAGCUACAUCCUGAAGAAGGCCUUAAUUUCAAAUAAUAAAGUGACGUAGGCCUCCGGCGGAUUGUAGACCAGUGUCAGGAAGAUUUUUGUGGUUACAGCCGCUCGAUCUUACAAGUUUUUAACAUGUCAGACGGAGAAAGGGACAACCUGACCCUUUCUGGGGAUAGCAGAUCGUACGGUUCCGUAGCUGAAAGCCAGCAAAAUGGUAGAAAUCACCAUCGACCAUUAUCUCAUCAACGCUCGCUUUCUGUACGCGGAUCUACCAUAUCCUUCCACAACAUUAACUAUGCUGUGCCAGUCAAAGUGGAUGGACAACGGCAGCAGAAAGAAAUCCUUACAAACAUAAGUGGCGUGUUUCCAAAUGGAAUGAAUGCCAUUCUUGGACCUACCGGUAGUGGAAAGACUUCAUUGCUGGACGUGCUAGCAGCACGUAAGGACCCGAAGGGUUUGACGGGAUAUGUUCUCAUAGAUGGUGCCACUAGACCUAAUGAUUUUCGCCUCGUGUCUGGAUAUGUUGUACAGGAUGACGUUGUUAUGGGAACUUUAACAGUCCGAGAAAACUUUGCUUUCUCUGCUUCACUUCGACUUUCCAAACGAGUCACAAAAGAAGAAAGAGCGCAAAGAGUCGAUGACAUUGUUGCGGAACUAGGGCUAACUAAAUGUGCUGAUACGAAGGUUGGAACUGAAUUUAUUCGAGGUGUUUCUGGUGGCGAGAGGAAACGUACGAAUAUUGGAAUGGAGUUGAUAACCAAGCCUGGGGUUCUGUUUUUGGACGAGCCGACGACGGGACUGGAUGCUAGUACAGCUAAUUCUGUAAUGAUUCUUCUCUCAAGAUUAUCAAGAAGAGGUCGAACUGUUAUAUUUUCUAUUCACCAGCCGCGAUACUCAAUUUACCGAUUAUUUGAUAAACUACAUCUUCUUGACACCGGCGAAACAGUUUUUCAUGGACCUGCUAAGGAAGCGCUGGAAUAUUUUAAAAGCAUAGGUUAUGAAUGCGAGUCGCACAACAAUCCUCCUGAUUUUUUCCUGGAUGUAAUUAAUGGUGAUAGCGCCGCAUUAAAUACUGAUCCAGACCAAAAUGGCCAAGAUGACACAGAAAACAAUGCCCUUGUUAGGGAAGACGGUACCUCCUUGGCUGAUAUGUUUAGGGAGUCUACAUAUCAACGCAAUUUGGACGAAGAACUUGGCACAAUAUGGCAAAACUUUAAAGGCACAGAGGAAGUUUUGGCAAAAAGACUUCAAUACCAAACCUCAUUCAUGACACAGCUCGCUGUCGUAUCUAAACGAUCAGUCUUGAACGUAAUACGGAAUCCGGCAGCAUCAACGAUUCAGUUGUUUACAAUGGUAAUAUUUGGUCUAAUCGUUGGUGGCAUCUACUUCCAGCUAGAUAAUUCUUCAUCAGCAGGAAUUCAAAAUAGAGUGGGUGCUUUUUUCUUCCUUAUAAUGAAUAUGAUCUUUGGAAAUCUUGGAGCCGUUGAAGUCUUCAUCCGCGAAAGAGUCAUUUUCCGUCACGAAUCUGCAAGUGGCUUUUAUCGAGUAUCAUGCUACUUUUUUGCAAAAGUGUUCUGCGAUCUGAUUCCUAUGCGAGUUCUUCCAACGCUUGUUUUUUCCUCCAUUACUUACUGGAUGAUAGGAUUCGCCCCGGAAGCUGAGAACUUCUUUAUAUUUGUUUUGGAUCUUGUGAUGACGACGUUUACAGCAUGUUGCCUGGCAUUCUGUAUCGGAGCCAGAAUAAACAUCGUUGGAAUCGCAACUCUACUCAUAUCCAUGGCUUAUGUCUUUAUGAUGGUAUUUGGCGGUUUCCUUGUAAACAUCAGUUCAUUGCCGUCCUGGCUACAGUGGUUGCAGUACACUAGCAUUUUUAGAUACAGCUUAAACACACUACUUAUCAACGAGUUUACAGAGAUGACUUUUUGUCCAGCCAAUGUAACACUAACAAAUCCUUGUUUUCCUGGAACAGUUUACCUCAUGGAACAGGGGAUUGAUUAUAGUUCUUGGGGACUCUGGCAAAACCAGAUGGCAUUGUUCAUAAUGUCGAUGGGCUUCUUGGUGCUAGCUUAUAUACAAAUGAGGACGAUUCCGAAGUUUAAGUAAUUACAUUAAAAAAUCUUUUAUCAAUAAUAAGUGAAGCAAUCGAUCUUAAUUUUAUGAGAAGCAAUAAGUGCAGUUUACUUCAAUGCAUGUAUUAGCAGACUAGCCUUGGGCAGGCAAGUAGUUAGACAGUUUUGCUAGCACUGACUGUAAAAACAGCAUAGAGGAUUUAAACGCAAUGUUCCACGAUUUUUUCCCGCUUUUUUGUUUAGAACAGGCUUAAGGUUUCUGACGCGUUAGGUAUUUCACAUCAUGGUGUCAAAACCUAUGCACAUUUAAUACUAAACACGUCAAAAUCCUAAUCACCUUAGGCUAUGCCUAAACCCGUUUAGCUUUUAAACGUAUCACCAAAAUCGAAACAAAAUUGCGUGUGAAGCAUUGCGUUUAAGUCCUCCAUGCUGUGUUUAUAGUGUUGACAUGUAGAAUAUCUCACUCGUGUUUCCCAAAGCUCUCUCCACACUAUCAAGUUUUGUGAGAUAAAUAUCUCUUAUUUGCCCAUAUAUGGACAUGAUGAUGUCAUAUUACAACCAUAUAAGUGAAAAUGACAGUGAUUAAGCUCAACAAAGAUGUCCGACAGUUGUAUCCUACUACAAGGGCUAGGCUAAAUGAUUACACAAUUAUUGGCAAUUUGCCCUCCAAGAUGGCAAAUUAAACAUCUAAUGAAAUAAUGAGCUUUCGAAAGGUCCACUGAUUAAUCUCAGAUAAGAAAGUAUAAUACAUACUCCAAGUAUUGAAAUACACGCCAUCGUGUUGGGAUUCAAUAUUUCGACA